AUGUCACAGGUCCAGAAAAUCGCAGGAGGAGUGAUCGCAGCCCUAGGGGGCGUAUACGCAUACAGCACGCUGUCCACGACAAGGGUAUCAGGUGUAGACACGCAAGCCGAUGUUGCCGCCGUUAAGCCCCGAUCCAGGCCCGAGGAGAAGGUCCGGAGGGAGUACGAUGACGACCAUCCCAAACCAGUGGAGGAUAGACACGGGAACACCGUGAUGAAGCAUUCGAUCGCGGCCGAGAAGAACCAGCACAUGGUUCGCCAGGGCGUGUUCUCGGGCAAGGAGUUUGAUAAUCAUGAGCAGAAGCAUUCGGCGAAUCCGUGUGAUGAUUUUGAGACUAUUGAGAAGCAAAAGAAAGAUGGGAAGAAGUGA